AUGUUGGGUCGUUCCCUUCGGGUUCAGGCGCUUUUGCUCGCUGUCGCCACUGCAGCUCUUCAAAGCCAGAAGAGAUGGACAAAUGGCGAUACUGCAACAGGGACGACUGAUCCGAAUGUCACGAACGACUGCACUUAUUGGGCAAACAACAUUGCCUCCGAUGAUACGUGUGACGCCGUGGCAGCGUACUUUGAUAUCACAACAGAUCAGCUGAUCAAAUGGAACCCUGAACUGCUUCCCGAUUACUGCGUAUUAAUCACUGGCUGGAGCUACUGCGUGUCGGGUCCGGAUGUGAAUAUCAACACCGUGGUGUCCACUGCCACGCCCACCACGACGACUGUGCCCGGGACUCUCACGUACAAUGGAACAGCUGCCCCGACUCAGAGCGGGCUCUCCUCCUCCUGUACAGAGUACUACCUGGUGCAAAAUGGCGACAGCUGCUACACAAUUCAGGACAAAUCAAUUUCGUCCGGAUGCGGCAAUCUGCAACCUGGAUACUUUGUCUGCGUUGCUGCUGGAGGCUCAGCAUCGACCCCCUCCUCUGCCACAGCGACAACAACGACCACCACCAGCAGUACGACCGGGCCAUCGGCAUCCGCCUUUCCAACCCAACCCGGAGUCAGCUCGAACUGCGAUGAGUGGUUCUACGUGGUCAAUGGUACGAGCUGUCAGGAUAUCCUAGACAAGUACAGUCUGUCUAUAUCCCAGUUUUACAGCUGGAAUCCGGCCGUUGGGCCUACCUGCACCAACCUGUGGCUGGAGACGUACGUCUGCGUCGGAACAUCGGCCUCCGCCACCAUCACUCCCACCAAGUCGACAUUGACCACCAGUGCCACCCCUACUGCUUCAUCCACAAGCGACGUGCCAUCUCCGCAUCAGAGCGGUAUCGCGUCCGACUGCGUGCAGUAUUACAUGGCUCAGUCGGGUGACAGCUGCUGGUCUAUCGUCAACCAGAAAUUCACCUGGCUGACUCAAGACCAAUUUGUCAAGUGGAAUCCGGCGUUGGGGACUAGUUGCGCGCUGCUCGCCGAUGAGUAUUACUGCGUUGCGGUGAAGACCGCGCAGCCAAUGCCGGGAACCAUCAGCACCUGCGCGAAAUGGCAUCUGGCGGUGUCGGGAGACGGCUGCUGGGCCAUUGAACAGGAGUACGGCAUUACCGCCGCGCAGUUCAACCUGUGGAAUCCCCAAGUUGGGUCCGACUGCGCGGGGUUGUGGCUGGGGUACUAUGUAUGCGUUGGGGCAUAG